AUGAGAACGCCUUCUAUCUCCUUCGUCCUUCUUGGUCUGCUUUCAGGUGCAAUGUCUCAUGAGACUAUAACCUUCUACGACCUUGGCGGGAUAGAGGCGAAUUACUCAGUCUCCGCCUUCUCGACAGACACGGUCGGAUUCACUCACUACGUCGCAUCUGGCGUUCAAUCCCAAUAUGCCGAAACGCUUGAGCCAGAAGGGAAAGUCGUGACAAGGAGCUUAGAUACACCUUUUACGCACGUCGUCACGUUCCAGGCGGAUGCUUCACGGGUCGUGAAGACUGGCCAUACGACCGUCCCGUUGGAACCCACUCAGUCCAGGAACGACGUCCAGUGGUCACUCGAAUGUACCCACGAUGUCGAGCGGAGCGGCUCGCAUGAAGGCGAACCCGUGGUCUGCGUGAACAGGGCCAUCGUCUCCCGACUGGAAGGAGGGUCAGUUAGUACUCAGCUCCAUACCUUCACCGGCACGGCCUCUGCAUUUGCGGUCUACACAAGCACACCCAAGCAUCUGGAGGAAGACAAGGAAGAGCACAAGUCGGAUGUCGUUGCUAGCGACUCUUUAAGCCCUGCCAGUUUGAACAUUAUUACCUUCGCUCUUGUAUUAUUUGGGGGAACCGCUGGUGUCCUAUUCGUCAUGUAG